UGUGAUUUUUGACACUUUUCUGGUCGUGGCGGAUUCUGAAUAACAUUUUUAGCUCUUGCUAAAAACAUGCUCAUAAAAAGGCGUUCAUGUGUGUUCUAGGUGCUUCAAGGGAAAAGCAUUUCUAGGCUCGCCCAGUCAGUCCAUGGAUGAUCAGCAUGAGUCCAUCGAUCUCAGGUCUCCUACAGUGGACCCAUCAGCAGCAGCAGGGCACAGCUGGUUCCCUGGACCUCCUCCACCCAUGUAUUCUUGCACCCUGACCCCUGAGCUGGUGCACAAGGCCCGCGAGGAGCUUCAGGAGAAGCCAGAGUGGCGUCUGCGGGAUGUCCAAGCACUGAGAGACAUGAUACUUAAGGAGCAGCCCAAUCUCAGGACGCGCUUGGACGACGGCUUUCUCUUGCGCUUCCUGCGGGCCAGGAAGUUUGACUACGACCGAGCUCUGCAGCUGCUGCUCAACUACCACGCUGGCCGUAAGGCUUGGCCGGAAGUCUUCAAGGACCUGAAGCCAUCCACAGUGAAACACGUCCUGGACCUGGGCUUCCUCACGGUGCUGCCACAGCCGGACCCCGACGGGAGAUACAUCCUCUCUCUGCGACCAGGAAAAUGGAAACCCAAUGAUUAUCCGUUUGUCGACAACGUGAGGGCCAUUUAUUUGACUCUGGAGAAGCUGAUCCAGCCGGAGGAGACGCAGGUGAACGGUAUUGUGAUUUUGGCCGACUACAGCGGAGUGGGCAUGUCGCAAGCUUCCAAUCCAGGCCCGUUUCUAGCCAAAAAGGUUGUGAGCAUCCUCCAGGAUGGAUUUCCAAUCAGAAUUAAGGCUGUUAACAUAAUAAACGAGCCUAGGAUUUUCAAAGGAAUCUUUGCUAUCAUUAAGCCCUUUCUGAAGGAGAAGAUGGCAGAGAGGUACAUCCUCCACGGCUCCGACCUGCGCUCCCUGCACCGGAACGUCCCGCGCUCCGUCCUCCCGGAGGAGUACGGCGGCACGGCGGGCCAACUGGACUUGUCUCCGUGGUCGCGGGUGCUCCUGGACUGCGAGGAGGAGUUCGUAGUGGAGUUCUGCCAGCCGGAUCCACUAGAGGGGGUGGUGCUGCCGGACUCCAUGCUUUUUGAAGGGCGCCAGGCCAGCGGGCAGGACGACGACGCCUUCCGGGGGCUCCGCUCCCAACUCUACUACUGUUACUGAUGCACGCCUCCCUCCCCCCCAUCGCCGAGUGGACUGUUUCAUUUGAAACAAGUGUGUAGACUUUUACGGGGCAAGUUGCCAAUCGUACACAUGAUUUAUUUUACUAACAAGCAGCACUGCUAUAGGUGUGUAGUCUUCUGCAGCUUACACGCAGCACAGCAUUCAGUCAUGGUUCCAAGACGGCUGCAGGCUCAGGCGACGAGGCCCACGACUCGAGCCAAUGCACGUUUGGUCUUUAGUGGUACUUUAAAGGAUAACGGUCACAUUUUGGAAUAUCCAGCACCCACAUGUACAUUGACGUAGGUUAUGACCAAUGAAUAUUCUUGUCCAUCUUGGGCUUUUUGAAGGAUCUCUUUCACCGUUCUGGUUUUGUUUUUCUUUAGCUGAAGCUAAAUAUGAUUUUCCUGAUACCAGCUUGAAUUGGCUAACUGAGGCUUUUUUAUGCAGAACAGGAACUCAAUUUGUCUCCCGGCCUGCUCGACAGCGACCUCCUAGCAGGAUGAUUACAGCAAGAAAAAACUGUAUGUACUGUUUUAAGUCACAGAAAAUGCUAAAUUUAAUAUACAUUUUCAAAAUUUCAAAAAUCGUUUCUCAAACGCUGUCUGUUUGCACUGUUAACAACCCAACACGAUAAACUGAGACCGUGUGUGUGUAUGUAACCGUCUAAUGCAUUGCCUUAAACUGUGGAUGUUCCCUACGUAACAAUAUGUGUCUGUACCAAAGCAAUAUCUGUGUGUAUUAUUAUCAUCAGGGCUUGUCUUACAAAAGCGUGUAUGUACUUCAUUGUCGAGAGAGUAGAUGGCUGCUUUGACUGUGAGGGGGGAAAAAAAAUACUCUACAGACUGGAAUGUUUUUUUUUUUUCCCCUCAUUCUUUGCACAGUAUUUUAGGGCCUUUUAGUUUAUGCUUCAGUUUUUUCACUAAAAUGAAUUUACUUUUACUAGGGUCAUUUUUUUCCAUUUUGGAUAAUCUGCUUUUAUGUUUUUUCUACCUUGUGUUUUAUCACUCAGCCCAUCGGCAAUCACAGGAGUCGCCUGAGGAGUAGAUUUAGUUUAGUCCUUAUUUUACGGACCUCUGAUUUGCCAAACUUCCCCACAGGCCAUGUACAGAAACGUGCAAUAUUAGAUCUGUGUUCUCGCAGUAGCACGACGCUAGUUUCAAUAGUUUUAUUUUACGCAUGUCUUCAGCUAGCAGUUUUGUGUUGCAGGUCAAUAUUGUCGAUAGUAAAGAAAAUCUCGGAUGGA